CAGUUGCACGCCUUCGUUUGCCGCGACGAGUUCUAAGAACACAUUUUCCGAUUUGUAGGCGGAGCAUGUGUCUCCCCUUUUAGUUGUUUUGCCUAAUAUUGCAUACGAAAAUGUAUCGAACCCUCAUUUUGGUCUUCCUGAUAUCGCUGACCCAGGGCGGCAUUCUGGCCAAGCGCUACUUUGGCGUGGGUCGCCGCAUUGCCAACGAUCAGCUAUUGCUCAAGGAUUUGCAGCAUUCGCGUCCAGCGGGCGCUGGACAGGCGGCUAGCGUCGCCUUCAACUACAACAUUGCGGAGCCCAUCACCUACAUUGAGAUCGUGUCGGAGGAAAAAAUUUCGGCCGAGGUGAAAGUGAGCUAUGUGGAUACAUUGAUCGUGGGCCUCGUUAGCCUUGUCCCCCCUGGCAAUCAGAGUGAAUUCGAGGAAGAAUUCGAACAGAGCCAAAAUCUGUCGGCCUCUUUUGAUGUGGUCAUCACGAUCUUUGGCUUUAACCAGACCAUUUUGAAUUUAAAUCCUGCAUUGCUGCUCAAUCGCGAUUCACACUUUGAGGGCGAGGUGAAGCCCUACGAUGACUACGAGGAGGUCGAGGAAAUAAGCCAGCCUUUCGAGAGCCUCAACCAUGAGGAUUCAGUGACCAAACAGUUUGAUGAGGACAGCACCGAUUCGCCCGUUUUUAUCGAGGACUUUGAGCACAAGGACAAGAUCAUUGAGAUUGGAGAACGGCAAGAAGGUGACACCUUGAUCUUUGAAACAUAUCAAACAUCAUCGGGCGAGGCCAAAACGCAGUCGAAUCAAACUGUCACUUUCUACUACAUCGACAGCGAUUACAUCACCUACAUCAAGUUUGUUAUCUUCGAUCACUACUUGGAUAAGGUACCAACUGCUGAGAACUACAUGCCGCCCGUGGCCGAGUACAGUCAUUAUUCGGCGAGCUCGAUCAAGGCAACGAUAACAGAUUUCAACGUCAGUUCGCUGUUCGUGCAAAUGUUUGUCUACGGCUAUCGAGGCGUGGACAGUCCGCCAGCUAAAUACAAGCCCUUCCUGGAGCCCCAAAAGCAGCAGAUCGAUCGCACGGUUCAUCUGACACCGUUGCAGCGCAUGCAGCUGUUGUUGAUGACGGGUGGCCAAUCGACGCAGUCCCCGCAGGACUCUGAUGUGGAUGACGACUCCGAGGAGGAUGCCACUGUGGCGCCCAUUCGACCCGAAGAUAUGCUGCCCGAUCAUGUGCCCGAGGCGAGCAUUGCGAAUGCUGUGCUCGAACAGCAGCGGGCAAUGCCACAGCGGCUCUAUGCGAUGCUGGGCCUGAUGCUCUUUGCUGUCGCAUAGUUAACCUUGUUAACCACAUGUUAGUUAAUCAAAAGGAUUGUAAAAGCUUUAAAUUAGUAGCGAUUAGGUGCACACAUUUGCGAAUAUUGUAAUAUUUUAUCAAAUAAAGGCAGUUGGCUUAAGCCAAGUUAACAGUCUA